AAGUCAGCGAGAAUAGAACAAAUAUGCCCUUAUUGAGUACCUAAUAAACAGGACUUGUUACCUAAGCUGAAGGCUGCCUCAAAAUAACGAUACCUAACUAGUCAAGCUGCAUGAUUAUUGUAUUCCCAAGUAUUUCCCCUCUUGUUUUUUCGACGCUCUCAUCUUCACUCUUUUGCUUCACUCGUUUGGCUUUUUUUUUUUUACGACGACGCAAAUAGAACAGACAGCUUACUCGUUGGGCCCACAGCUUCCACGCGUAAGGCAGUCGCCCAAUCAAGAGAGAGCCUCCACGCAAUCCAGACCAGUCCUUUCGUCCCUGGCGACCCUUGAAACAACCUGCUCAAGCCUACCUACCUAACCCGUUGAGCUGAAGUUCAGGACUUUGGAUUCUGACCAGCCACCUAAGCUUGACCUAGCGCGAGGAAUACAUUUUAUGGUUCAACAUCUUUCACUCUGGAUCGACAAAGGAUUCAUUUGACAUACACUCACGCAUUGUUGUCAAUAACGAUAAGGGCUUGGAUCAUUCGACGAGUUACAAAAUACCGUCUCUUGAUCUGUGACGCCGUCUCGACCCUUCUGAAACAGCUUGUCGCAGUUGUAUCCCCUUUCUUUGCCGCUUAGCGGCUUACUCUCAUCAACUGCCUACGUAACCUCGUCCCCGUUACUCGAACGAGAAUCUCUUGCUUUCGUCAACUAUGGCUUCGCACGACUACUACAGCGGUGGCAGCCAACAGGCUCCUUAUGGCGCCGGCCCCAACGCUUCUCCCUACUACCAGAAUCACGAUACCCCUUCGCCGCAUUCUACACCAGCACCCCCAUACGAGCCUAACUCGUACAACUCACACUAUGCUCCCGACACCUCGAUCUAUCCUGCCGAUACUGCCGCGCAUAUUGUUCCGACCAAACAAACACCAUACUCGCCAAACGAUAUACAAUAUCCUCCAGCGGGCACUUAUGCUAGCCCUUCAGGUCAGAGCUCAAGCCAUAACCAGCCUGGUCAAACUGGUCAGUCUCCUUUCGACACCGUCUUUGACGAUCAUAUGUACCCGGCAAACUCGAACACCGGACCGACUCCCAGCUCCAGUACGGCUGACAUUGGCCAACAAGGCUUCUAUCAAGAUACAAGCUAUGCUGGAGGGGCCGCCGCUGCGCAGCCUUACGGCCAGGAAGACAUUCCCCUUCAAGACCGGACCGCUAAAAAUGACGACCCCGAGAUGAACGAUCAUAUCUAUGACGCCCCUGGACGACCUAAGAAGAAGGGCAAGAAGGGCAAGGUUCGCUUGGGCGAAUUGGGUAUGAUUGGGGCCAACAAGAAGAGGAUUCCUUGGGUUGUCUAUAUCUUUUCUGUGGUCCAAAUCGCCAUCUUUAUCGCCGAAAUAGCAAGAAUGGGCGUGUUAACAGGAACUCCAAUUGCGAUCAAACCGCAAUUCAACGUAUUCAUCGGCCCAUCUCCCGGUUUACUGAUCAACAUGGGCGCACGUUAUGCCCCCUGUAUGCGCAACGUGAAGGGUAUCCAAAGUGUGGACAAGAAUGCGAAGGGCGCCGUUCUACCUGGUCUACUUUGUCCCAAUGCUACCACAGACGACAGUUUCUGCCCUCUUCAUGUGGUCUGCGGCUUCGGAGGUGACGUUCCAGAUCCUAAGUUUAAUGGUGAUAUCAACCAGAGUCCGGAGCCCAACCAGUGGUACCGAUUCAUCACCUCAAUUUUCAUGCACGCCGGUCUCAUUCACAUCAUAUUCAACCUUCUUCUGCAGCUUACCAUUGCGAAAGAGAUGGAGAUGGCCAUCGGGCCAGUGCGGUUUCUACUCGUUUACAUGAGUGCUGGGAUUUUCGGCAACAUCAUGGGUGGAAACUAUGCGCCGCCAGGACAGCCAUCCGUGGGUGCCUCUGGUGCCCUUUUUGGUAUCAUUGCAUUGGUCCUCCUCGAUCUUCUGUACUCAUGGAAGGACAGACGCAACCCUGUCAAAGACCUUCUUUUCAUCAUCCUUGAUAUGGUAAUUGCAUUUGUCCUGGGACUUCUUCCCGGCUUGGACAACUUUGUCCAUAUUGGCGGUUUUCUUAUGGGACUCUCUCUUGGCGUCUGUGUCCUGCACUCGCCCAACUCACUGCGACGGCGGAUGGGCCAGGAGUUGUCGUACGCAGCCGUUUCUCCCCAGACUGGCGAGACGCCCCCUCACUUUUUCAAGAACCCAGUCGGUUUCUUCAAGGGGCGCAAGCCACUCUGGUGGGCUUGGUGGCUGGUUCGAGCUGCCUUCCUCGUCAUGAUCAUUGUUGUUUUCAUUGUUCUCCUGAACAACUUUUACAAGUAUCACGACACAUGUGAUUGGUGCAAGUAUCUCAAUUGCCUGCCCAUCAACGAUUGGUGCGAUUGGGGAUCUUUUGAGCAUCUUAAGGAGCCCAAGAGUUCUUCUUCGUCAUAAGAUAAUAAUGAAUGGAGGCUAGGUCGGCAGAGAUGUACUAAAAUCGCAUCAUAUUGAACUGUGCGCAGCUUCAGGAAGCAGCUUGCACCUUAAUAAGCAAUUUUAUUCAUUGCGAAACUCGACACCAUCGGACAUAGCAGCUAGAUCAUGCUCUUUCAGUGGAAAUUGGAGAAUGCUCCCUCUUGCUUUCUUUAUGUCGAUUAAUGAAGAAAUGAUUUAUCCAGCGUCACCGUGUGCUUGAACGUGAUACUAAGGUCUUACCGGCAACUCUCGGAAUGAGUGGUGUCAAUGUGACUUGCUGACAACCAUCAGCCAGUUGUGCAGUCCUGCAGGCUGUUGCUGCUGGCAAAUCAUGCAUUUGCCCAACACACUACACUUGCACAUGGAUAUGAGACAUGGGGUUAGCGAUACUAUUACAUGAUAUUGCAGCUCUUGGCUGUAUACAGGCCCAACCAACAUCGCACAAUGUCACGCGAUACCCCGCAAGUCAGCAAUAUUGUAACCCAAGGAAUGAUAUACACGACAACUUCACGGUGCUAUAAAUGGUAUAACAUUUCCUUCCUGUUGCUCCUUUGUGAACACAAUUUCUUCCUCGCCGUCUGUGCAAACAUUCUCACACGUGUGGCUCUGGGUCCAUGAAGAUGGCUCCUUUGAAACAUGCUGUUAACCCCCUUUUGUCUGAAUGAAUGCCAUGAAAGUCUCUAGACGUCUGUCACGUCGAGGUAUUAGUAUCAUGUGGUACCCUUCAGGAUAGUGUGUUCAGCAAUCAUCUUUGCAGCUGAAUUGGUAGUGCAGUCGUUGACAGGUACGUCGAGUCCGAUGUCAGUCUUUCCAUGGAGCUGUCAUAUGUGCACGACCAAGGGCCGUUUUCGCUCGAAAGCACAAUUACCUAGGAAGCUGCCAUGUAUCUGAGGUGCGGCUUUUCGGCAUGACUCAAUCUCUGGCCUGUGUGGAAACGCUUUCGCAGGCGUCUCUCGCAACAUGAAUACCUAGGGGCUUGUAAAUGCUCUUUUAUUUUCGACAUAAAGUGACAUAUUAAAAUCAAGUUAGACGAUCCACGGCCGUAACCUUCGAGAUCUGGUAGUGCUGUAUCGUUCUUCUAGAAGCCAAACUCUGUGAUGCGAGCGUCUACUUUCGCAGGAAACCUAUACAGGAAGUUUAGUUUAGAUUGGCAUGUCUGAUCUAUCUAAUGGUGAACGCAUGAAUUCGCCAGUUCUCGUCAUAUAUCUUGGCGUUUUCAACAGCCGUAAUGGAGUACUGAGGUAGCUAGCCACCACAGAAGAGUUCAGUGUCUC